AUGAGCGACUCUGUAUCAUUGGUCAACCUCACGGCCGAAGAAAAGGUGCAAGCCCGAAUAGGCUACGACGAAGCGUUGCAAUAUAGCAUGUUCUAUUUUCGCGAAGCGAUUAUUCCGGUCGCCCUUUUUACGCCUUUGGUCACACUGUAUGUCUCUUUCAUGCUCUUUUCCACAUCUAGUCAACGUAGAUCGUUUAUUUACUGGUGUUUGGUCCUUGCUUUCGUUCUCAAUGCCAUUCAGACUAGUGCAUAUAUUCGAUUUGCCGUUUUGGGUUAUCACCAACACGAUGGCAGUAUUGCUUUACGGUUGGCUAAUAAUUUGCAUCUCUUCGUUCCCUGGAUAUUUGAGAUGGCAUUGACCGGAAAAGUCUAUCAGUUGUAUUCUUUUGUUCCUGUUUGUGUUCCGACUUGCUUUCUUGCAAUACGAGCGGGUCUAUACUCCGCAAUCAUAACAUGUACGCAAAGAGGAGAUACAAGUAAGCUGAAGGGAUUAUACCUUGGUGAAUACAUCUUGCAAUUCAUGACGACAACGUACUGUAGCUCUCUUCUGGUAAUCAAGGCGAUUCGACUACAUCGAGCACAGGUCCACAAAGAUGAUACGCCAAAGGAGCAAAAAUUGACCUACUUACGAGUUGUGAUUGAAUUAACUCUUAUGACAUUUGCGCCGGGAGUGCCAAUCAGCCUUGCAUUGGUGGUUAUGUGGUGCCUACACAUGCGCUACGAUACUGAAAAGAUCAAAGAAGCCAUGAAGUUAUUGAUUCUGAUCAAUACGUACGGUGGAUUACUUUGGGCUCUUUUUGCUGCCCAAUGGAGCACUAUACGUGACAUUCGCACGCUUCACGUCACUGAGCAAUCUCACCGCAACCCAGAUAUGGUGUACCGAAAUCAUGCGGAAGAAAUUCCCAUGCACGAAAUGCCAAGACCAAAGAGGACUUCACGGCCGCAAAGUAGUCAAAACGAUAUCAUUGAAGUUGUUCCUGAAAGUGAUGCUACACCAACCAUCUCGCUUUCUGAGAAUCUUGCAGCUCAGACGCCACCAAGAAAAACGUUAAAGCGGAUGUGGCUUGGACGCCGGCCCGCAAUCGGACCCGAAAGAUCUGGUUUGAAUUGGUUGACACGACCAAAGGAAAUCAAAGUCACAGAGGAGCAUGAAGAUAUGAUAAAGGCACGAUCGAUAGGCAGCAAAAGAAGAAAAUGA